UUAUCAUUGUCAAGUUACAAUGGCUCUAGGGUCAGGGAUUAUUUUCCCCUCCCAUCCUUAACAUAAAACAGUAUGUUGCUGGUUUUGUUUACAUUGUUAACCUUUAACUUCUUUAAUCCAUUCAUUACAUAGAGAUCAGUGACCCUGGAUUAAAUAAACAAUCUUGGUUUUUUUUUCACAAGUGUGGAUUUUUAUCAUUUUUCGUUUUCAGAUAUUGUCCUUGGGAUGAUUACAUGUAUGUAGGAAUAGAAAGUGAUGUUGAACAAUGUCUGCCUGUCUGUCAAAAAGUACGCUGCGUCAAACAUUUCUAUGGAUGAUAGUGGUAGCCUGCUUAUCUUCACUGGUAACCUACCAUAUUGGACUGUUACUACCAUGGGUAGAAAUGAACCAGGCUUCAGAUCAGGUCCAGCAACAUGUCAGAAUGAACCGUAUGUUGAUGAAAGAAGUUAAUUCAAAAGAGACUUCUGGCAUUGAUGAUAAAAUAUAUGAAAGAGAUGGCAGGCAAAAUUCCUUGAGGAAGUUAUCUGUCAAUCAGCAACACAGUACUCAAAGCUCUACUAUACUGGCCAAGUUAAGACAAAUCGAAAGCAGACUACAGAGUAUAUCAGCAUCCAGAACUGUGCUGACAUUAGGUCUAACUAAAAACCAAACACAAAUUAUAAAGGAUGUGUUCUCUAAACAUAAUUAUACAGUGUUUACUAAAUAUGAAACUACUGGUAUGUUUUAUAAAGGUUAUGUUUAUUUCUAA